CUGAGAUGUGAGAUUAAACACAAUAUCACAAAGCUGAUAACGUCAAAAGUGUUUUAUUUUGGAAAACAUGUCUCAAUCCAACCUUUUUUGUGUACUGUUGUUCAUACUGACAUUUGACGUGAACCAUAUCAGUGGGAUCAUACUACAGAGGGCAAAUGCUUCUUUGUGCCCAUCCAUGUUGUCUAUCCCGCCUUUUCAAGAAGUAGAUUUUGGGAAAAAAGCGGUGUUUACUGUAAACGUAGAAGCAAAACAAGAAUCCCCUAUUGAUGCUAUAUGGCAGAGAAUUGAAAAUAAUGGUCAUUCUGAAGAUAUUGACAGAUUUGACCCAAAAUAUGACGAGACGGAACAUUUACCAUCUCCAAAACUUGUUAUUAAUAAUCUUAACUUUGAUGACACUGGUUAUUAUCGGCUGCAAGUCAAGAUUUCUGAUGGCUGGUGUACAAGCUCAAGAGUUCACUUACAGAAAGUUCGGGGAAUUUUACAAUAUAAUAGCAGAUGCAAUGAAUCUCGGGAAUGUGAUGAAAGGAAAUAUUUACUAUGCUUGCCAACAAACAACCAGAAAAAGUGCCUUUGCCGUAAUGGUUUUUAUCAUCGUAACCAAAAGUGUUUUGAAAAGUCCAGACUUUUAGCCACAAAUAUACAUUCUAACAUAACAUCCUCUGAGAUCAACCUUGGGUGGAGAGAUCCAAGUACUGACUCCGAUUUAAUACAGAAUUACGGCAUAAGCAUCACGGAUAAUGGAGGUACCACCAUAAAGUCAGCAUCUGUAGGGAAACAAAAGAGUUAUAGGUACCACUCUUAUUAUGUUCCUGGACAUAGAUACUAUUUCACAAUUACAUCCAAUGUGAAAGUGACCGACCCUUCAGAAACCUUUACCGUUGAAAAACGACAGGCAUUAAUUGUAGAACCUCUUCCACCAGGCUCUGUGAUUAGGAACACUAGUAUCUUUCACCCUGAAAAACUACAUCUAGAAUGGACACCUCCGGAAAACAAUACUCGUGUUGAUAGAUACAUUAUCAAUAUAUAUAGUAAUGCACAAACCUAUGCCUUCGUUACAUAUACUAAUAAAGGGUCCUUGUCAAAUAGGUUGGAGCCUGGUAAAAAUUACACUGUAUCUAUCGUUGCCAGAAGUUAUGGGAAAAGUAGUAAGGCUUAUAAGGAAGUAAUCGGUACUCUACGUACUCCUUGGGUGAUAAUCACUUCAGGGCAUUCGGUCGAUGUUCCAUACCUCUCAAACAUGGAAAUAACAGCAACAGUCAAAAAUAUGUCUGAUUUUCCGCCGACUUUGGAAAUGAAGUGGGAAACAAAUUUCAGCGGGUUCAACAUAACGCACAGUAGAUAUAACGGCAGUUCCCUUGACCUCUUCAACCCAAAACUGGUUAUCAACAGGGUGGAUUUUUAUCAUGAAGAAGGAGCUUGGUUUCGAUGCUCUGCACGAAAUUCGGAAGGUUGGGGAACAAGUGAAUAUACAUCAAAUGUUGACGUUCAUGGAAGUCUAAAAUUUUCUGAGCCAUGUAACUAUACAAGAGAAUGCCUUGAACAUAAAUAUUUGGAAUGUUCUAGCGGCAAAUGUCUGUGCAAUACAGAUACUUAUCAUAAGGGAAAAGAAUGCUACAGCAGGAGUGAUUUACAAGCACGAUCAAUCCAUAUUUGGAGCUCCACGUGUGACAUAACCAUUACAUGGGAGCAUCCUACAAGGGACCGAGAGCUGAUAACAGGAUACCAAGUCAUCACUUCUGAUACACAUAUUAUGAAUGGAAACCAAGCCAUUUCUUCAAAAACAGUUUCUGUCGGAAAUAUAUCGGAAUAUACAACUCCAUGUAAAUUACAACCAGGAAAGCGACAUUCAAUCUACAUUCGUUCAAAGAUUCAUUUAAGCGAUCCAACAGACGAAAUUAUUGUAGAUUCAGGAAGAAAUUAUAUAAUCUUAGAUCCUGUCAAACCUGGGCAACUACUUCAAAAUCUUUGUAAUCGUUCCGCUGACUACUUGUACUUACGAUGGGAAAAAUCCGGAAAGAAUUCCUUCGUAAACCGCUACAGAGUGACAAUUGAUGGUCGUAGUCAGGAAACAACGGGAUAUGAACCAGAAAUUCACUGGGGUGUACUGCUACUGCCUAAUACUCAGUACAACGUAACCAUUACAGCGAUAAGUUACGGAUAUUCCACCAAUUAUGCUUCUUACGGCUCAAAGGAAAGCCUCCCAUCAUACGACUGGAUACUAACAGAGGAAUCUCAGUACACAGGAAAGGCGUAUAUGCCGUAUGGUACUGAUGAUGAAGUUUUUAUGGGUGAUGAUGAAACAAGAGGUCCUCUAAGGUCCCCCACCACUGUGUAUGUUGGAGAUGGGUCUGAUGGUGGCUUCAAUACAGUUUAUAUUGGAUCCAACGGCAUUAUAGGACUUGGUGAAAACUUUAACAGCCUGUCUGUGUUCGAAAUGGACUCAAGUAAAAUUAAAGAAAAACGAAUUAUUUGUCCAUUUUGGACGGAUUUAAAGUCAGAUGGAGUUGGAAAAGUGUACUACAGAGCCUAUAAAAGGGGAUCUACGGUAAACAGCGUGGAUUCACAAUUUAUGGAGAAAGCAGAUGAUAUUAUUAUCGGCAAUUUCCGGGACUUGAAAGAUUUUAAAGCCACGUGGCUCGUAAAAGUAACAUGGGAAAAUAUGACACUGUAUGGAUACAAGGAAAGGAAAGUCACACUCCAAUGUUUCCUUAUAACAGAUGGAGAGAAUACCUUCACAGUUUUUAACUACAUUGAUGUCAAUGUAAAAGCGCAACGGAAUCGGGAUAUUUCCAUCGGAUACCGCUAUAAACAUUUUUAUGUUAAGAACUCUCUCACAAACCACAAAAGAGCUUUUCAAAUGAGCAUAAUGCCAGGAAAUACAAAAAAUCGACGUGGUUUCUGGAUUUAUAAGAUGACAGACGGAGUUAAAUCACAGAAGGAUGAAAAAGAAUGUUACUUGUGGUAUUCACAUAAUGUUGAAAACCGUAUUUAUGAGAAGCUAUUAGCCACAAAAGAAGAACUGAAAUGUCCGUGUGAUCCCCGCUUGCUGAGGUUUGAUCCACGGUUCACCAUUAACAGAUUUGACAACAAAAAUCGAAUGCUGUGCUAUGCCUCUAUGACUCUCGGGAUGAAUGUGGAAUGUUGCUUUAAGAUGUACGCCGACACGGAACAUUUAGGUCCUUUAGCCCGUGUUAUGCCAUUAGGUGGUACUGUGCUGCUUUUCAACCCGUUUUUUGAAAGAUACAAGUACAAUAAUUUUGAUUUGAAACCAAAAAACCAGUGUUGUAAAACAGGACAUUGUGACUUGUACUAUGAAGUUCGUCCUAUUCCACGUUGCUACCUGAGGUCACCUUUUCAACCUGGAAUUAAUUUUGGCGACCCUCAUAUUACUACACUUGACGGCAAAGACUACACAUUUAAUGGUUACGGGGAGUACACCAUGAUAAAAAUAAACACUAGCACAACAAUCUUUGACCUUCAGGCCCGGACUGAGCUUGCUACAGCUGAAAAUGGAACUUCUAUCAAUGCAACAAUUUUUAGUGCUUUUGCCGCCAAAGACCAAACGGGUUCAAAAGUGCAGAUUGAAAUGUCCCGAAACAAAAAAGAAAUGAUUAUUCGAGCUAAUGGGGUGGACCUGACAACAAAAUUUAGAAACGCUAGCUAUGUAUACAGAACACCAAACAUAUCACUUCAAUGGGAAAACCAGACGAUCUCAGCAGUAUUCCUCAAACCAGAUAUAAUAAUAAAAAUAAGUCUUGGAAAACGGUUUUUGAUUUGUGAAACUCUUGUAAACAAAAAAUACAAAGGACUAACGAUAGGUCUGAUGGGGAACUUUGAUGGAAACAAGACAAAUGACUUUAUUCUCCCGAAUGGAACCUUAUUAGGAGAGAAUGCAACAAGCACCGAAAGGCUAAUCUACUACAAUUUCGGGCAAGUUUGGUCUGUUAACGAACAGUCUUUAUUUCAAUAUGAGGAUGGAUUUACUUUCAAAAACUUUACUCAUCCCGAGUUUGUGCCACUUUUUACUGAUGAAGUUGAUGAAAGCCGACUGAUUGAAGCAAAACAAAAAUGUGGACCUAACCCUUCUCAAGCUUGUAUAUCAGAUUACCUUGCAACAGGUGAUAUUAAAUUGGCUGAAAACUCCGGUAACAAGGAAAAGGAUUCGAAGACAGAUGUACAGGUCAUAGAAAACGAAACACCACGAAUAUCAGGGAAUGUUACAAUUAAUGUCGAAGUCAACAAAGAAGUGGAAUUGAUAUUUAAUGCUUCCGACGACGGUAAAGAGAAACCGACAUAUAAACUUUGGAAACAACCCGAUGAUUUUGAUUUUGACAAUGAAACUGGAAUAGCAAGAUGGAAGCCUUCAAACAGCAAUGUCUCUGAAAUCAGCAUUGUAGCAAUAGAUGACAUGGGGGCACAGUCUCCUUCAUUAGAUAUCUCUAUAAUAUCGUGUUCUGGGUGUGGUGACCAUGGAGUUUGUAAUUAUGACAAUGUCAUACCUACAGAAAAUGACCGAUUUCACAAAGCAGUCUGUAGCUGUCAUAGAGGAUAUUCCGGCGAGAACUGUGAGAGGGAUACCGACGCCUGCCUGGAAUUUCCCUGUCCUCUGGGUAGAAACUGUACCGAUCUGACCCCUGACGAAGAGAUCAGACUAGGUCGUGGAUAUAACUGCACUGAAUGUCCGCGUGGUUAUAAAGACAUUGAUAAUAAAUGUCAAGAUGUCGACGAAUGUGCAAGGCCUGAUCUGAACACUUGUAAUGAGACAAAAGAGACGUGUGAAAAUAUGGACGGGGGUUACAUCUGUAACUGUAAAAAGGGAUACAGAAAACUGGACAACAAGUGUAACGAUAUUAACGAGUGCCUUGAAGGGCAUUCUGAAUGUGAACAUUUAUGUACAAACACUCCAGGAUCCUAUCUUUGUAUGUGUCACCCAGGCUUCAAUCUAAAUAAGGACAAUAUUACUUGCAAUAAGAAAGACAACAAAGUUUGUGGUUCUGAGCUGCAAUGUGAAUACGAUUGCAGCGAAAUAAAUGGAAUGACUCAAUGUUUCUGCCCAUCUGGGUAUAUGCUUACAACUAAUGGAAAAAACUGCACAGAUAUUGACGAAUGUGCAUUGAAAACUUCUCCAUGUGAACAAGACUGUAUGAACCUCAAUGGAUCAUUUCAAUGUGCAUGUCGUCCAGGAUUUAGUGUUAUGGCCGAUAAAACGUCUUGUGCAAGAUGCGAGGAACUAAGCUACGGAGUCAACUGUUCCCAGGAGUGUAAUUGUGGUCAAGGUGGAGACAGGUGUGAUCCGGGUCUUGGGUGUGUUUGUAAAAAGGGAUGGACGGGGAAGAACUGCAGCAUUGACAUAGAUGAAUGCCAUCAAAAUCCAUCAAUAUGCGGAAUUAAUAAAUUAUGCAUAAACACAGAGGGUUCCUUCAACUGUCGUUGUGUGGAUGGGUUCCAAGCCUUUGAAGAUUCGUGUACAGAUAUUGAUGAGUGCUUUGACGCCACAUUGAAUGACUGCCCACAGGACACGACAGAAUGCUCUAACACAUUCGGUAACUACACCUGCGAAUGUAAGGAAGGGUUUCAGAAGAAAAACAAUGUGUGUGAAGAUAUUGACGAAUGCUUGGCAUCUCUUCAUGGCUGCUCCCAUGACUGUGUCAAUAUGUUGGGUGGCUACAGCUGUACAUGUUUCUAUGGAUUUGCUUUGUCGGACGAUCGCAAGACGUGUGAAAUAGAAAGGGAUUCUUGUUCAUCAUUCCCAGAAUUAAACUGCACUUAUGGUUGCAAACGAGAUGUCAUUGAUAAAAGUAAAGGCUUUUGUUUUUGUGAAAGUGGAUAUGAGCUUGAUGAAGACAACAGAUCUUGCAAAGACAUUGAUGAAUGUAAAGAAGUGUCUACCUGCGAUCACAAUUGUACCAAUAAGGAGGGCUCAUACAACUGCAGCUGUGCAACUGGUUACAGACUUGAAAAUGAUGGCAGAUCCUGUAAAGCAUGUGACCAGUAUCACUACGGUAUGAACUGUGAGGAGCUUUGUCGAUGUGGAAGAGGAGCCCGUGUAUGUGACAAUGUACACGGGUGUGUAUGUAAGCCAGGUUGGAUUGGGGACACCUGUGAUGUAGAUAUCAACGAAUGUGAGAAUAGACCAUGUACGGGACCACAUGAGAGAUGUGUUAAUGCUCCGGGAUACUACCGAUGUGAUUGUAUUGAAGGAUUCAAAAAUCGUUCGGGAGUCUGUAAAGACAUAGACGAAUGCGAGGAACAUUUUGUAUGUCAUCAGAAAUGUGAAAAUACACCGGGAAGUUACAAAUGUAGUUGUAAAACAGGAUACGAGCUUAUAAGUGAGAAAAAUUGCAAAGAUAUAAACGAAUGUGAAUCCGCUCAUUGUGACCAUUGUUCUAAUUUUCCUGGGGGCUUCGAAUGUUCUUGUAAUGAAGGAUUCCGACUGAACGCAACCACACAAAAAGACUGCUUUAAUAUUGAUGAAUGUUUCGAACACAUUGACAAUUGCUCCGAAAACGCCAUUUGUAUGGAUACAGAAGGCAGUUUUAAUUGUAGCUGUUUGAGAGGAUUCAAAGGCAAUGGAUUAACAUGUACAGACUGCCAAAACUUCACCUUUGGGGACCAAUGUUCUGAGCAAUGUACGUGUGUUCCUGACAAAACCAAAGAAUGCGAUACUGGCAACGGAACAUGUCGAUGUAAAAUCGGAUGGACUGGCGCUGACUGUUCAGAAGAUGUAGAUGAGUGCAAGGAAGAAACACAGAUCUGCAGUACAGCCCCAUAUCAAAUUUGUGUUAACACUCCUGGUUCUUCCCAUUGCGAAUGCGAAUUUGGUGGACAAAAUCUUUCUGAUUGUAUACAACCAAAAGCGCCACAUAUUCCAGGUAGAACAGAGGUUAAGGUGAGAGCUGAAUUCAAAUUUGAUGUCAAUAUAAGUAGAGAGGACUUCCUGAAAAAUAGCCAGACGUGGCUUACAGAAAUCCAAACAUCGCUGGAUAAAUUCUACAAAGAAAAGAUUCGCGGGUUUAUUAAAGUAUUGGUUCUGUCUAUCCGAUAUGGAAGUGUAGAUUUUGAUCAUGAAGUGAUUGGGAGUAAAGACAAGGAAAGUAAUCUAAAACGUGACUUUGCUAACGCCGUGACAGGACUUUCUACUGGUGUACAAAAACUUAGUAUGUUGAACCAGACGUCAGGCAUAAAGGAAAUUAGAUUUAAAGAUGAGAAUGGAACAGUGAAGAAAGUUUUAACAACUGGUACUGUAUCAGCUUGUGCAUCCUUUGAAGGCCUGGAUGUUUGUACUACCGGUCAGAAAUGUGAGGAGUCGUCCGGUGCAGCAACCUGUGUGAAAGAAAAGUCAGAUUUAUCAGACUUUUCAACCUACAUUGUCAUCCUAGGAGUAGGCAUUCCUCUGCUGAUAACAAUCAUCGUUCUAGUUAUCAUCUGUUUGCGUUAUCAAAAGCGGACCGACAAGAAAGAAAUAAAGGAAUCAAACAAGAGUAUAGACUUCAGAGAAAAGAAUAGCUGUCUUAAGUCGACCACAGAUUAUGAUUCUAUCAAAUCAAAAAACAUGCUCCAGAGAAAAACCGAAGGAAAUGGGUAUUCUGGGGAUACUUUUGCUGAUUCUCUUGGAAUGGAAACAGGAAACGGAAAUAUAUCCGAGGGAUGCAGUAAUCCGAAUUAUACACUGGAUUCCACUUUUGAGAAACUUCAUUCUGAGGAGCAAUUUCACAUUAAACGGCCUAAAAUAAAGUACAACGUGACACGAGAGCAGCAACAUUAAACAACGAGAAGACAAUUACACGGAAUAAUGGAAAUCGAAAAGAAAACACACUUCUAUUGAUGAACAAAUCAUUACUCUCCUUUUUAUAAGAAAAGGAAAUUUAAUCUUUUGCUUUUAAUUAAAAUGUUUAUAAAAAUUAGCAUAAUAUUACAUACUUAAAUACACUGUAGUUACAAUGAAAUUUCGAAUUUAUAUUACUCUUACGUAUUUAGCAAUUUUGCUACAUAAAGAUACUUAUUUAUACUUUGAAAAUUUGUAGAUUUAGAGAAAAUGAUGUUUUUUUCAUAUUUGUUGAUGAUUCAUAAAAUUGUUAGCAAUAUGACUUUUUAAAAAUGAUAAAUUAACUAGGUGUAGCAAUUGGUUGAUUUGCAUUGCAUAAUUACCUAUAUCCUUAUUAUAGUACAACAUUACAUUCUUGAAAAGUUUGCUAUUAAAAUGGGAAGUUUUAAGUGAUGUAUUGUUCAUUUUAAAUUUUGAAAUAAUAGAUAAUAUUUAUUACGCUAGCA